AUGACAUCAAAGAAUGAAUCUGAAUUCCCAUCAUCGCCUCAAAAUGAUGAGUCAGAUGAAGAGGAUCAUGAUGCUAUAAAACAAGAACAAGAAGAAGAGGAAGUAGAUCAAAAGCCUAUAAACCCAAAUGUUGCUAGUAUUUUGGCAAGACUUCAAUCUUCAGGGGCUCUUGUAAAAAAACAGGAAUAUCGUUGUUACACUUGUGAUAUAGACUUUCGUGACUGGGAGGAUUUAGAAAAUCAUAUCAUUACACACGUUUCCUUACCGUCAGUUGUGUUAGACAAGCUGCCGUCCGACGAAGAAGAUCUGCCAGCUUCUGGCGAUGAAAAUUGGUCAGACGAAGAUGAAAUUCAAACGCCACAAAAUCCGAAUGCACCCAAAACACCCCAAAAGAUAGAUAUAUCACAAAUAUUAAAAAAAGGUAUUUGUAUAAGAAAGAAAUCAAACGACACCGAAGUUAAUAGUUCUGAUACAGCUCUUAAUAAAUUAAGUGGAUUAGGAUUUACAAUAAAGAAAAAUGUUACUCCAAUUAAGAAGGAGAAAUCGGAUAAUGAAUCUGAUAAAAAUAGUGAUGUAAUGCAAAAAUUAGGCAAACUAGGCGGAAUUAAACUUAAACUGAAGUGUGAUGGAAAUAAUACAAAUUCAUUUAAAGUAAUUAAUGGUCUUAAAGACUUCAAAGCCUCUGAUGAUGAAGAAGAGAACAGCUGUAAUGAAGAAGACAAAGAAGAUUUAGAUGAUGAAAUUGAUAAGUCAGGUGAGAAUGAAGGCUCUGGAGGAGAACAAGAUUCUGAUGACCAUCAAAAUCGAAGCAAUACAAAUAGAUCUGAUAGUAGUGACUCUGAUAAAACGAAAAUUCCAAAUUUACCUAAAGGUAUACAAGGAAAACUUAUUACACCUAAAAAAGAACCCCCUAAUGUCCUAGCAAAGAAUAUACCAAUAAAAAUACAAACGGAAAACACAUUGAAAAUAAAACCUACAAACAGACCAGUAAUCAAACAAACUCCUAAAAGAACGUCAAAUACUCCAGUCUCUAAAGAAAUUGAUAAACAAAAUGAAACUUCAACAUCGAGAAGGCCAUCUGAAGCAGAGAGUAUACCAGAAAGGCCUAAAUCAAAUGAUCGCGUUGAAAAUGUAGUAGUAAAACAAGAAGUAGCAGAAACACCUAGUGGAGAAACACAAAACAUGCCCUUGUUCUCUGAACAGAUAAAGUCAGAAAGAUCUUCACCGCCAUUGUCAGAGAGAACAACACCUAUAUUAGCGCGCGUCAAAUCUGAGCCAGAAACCUCAACAGUAUCUGAUACUCAAGCACAGAAAAGUUAUCAAAGUACUUAUAUAUCCAACUCUAGUACAAACUCUUCAACUACUCCUCUACUACCUGUAACAAAAACUGAAGACACCAGCGUGACAGUUAUUGAAAUAAAUGGUGAUUCUAACGACGAAGAUGACGAUUGUUGUGUUGUCUCGACUACUCCUGCCCCUGAUAUAAAGCCAAUUGUGCCAAAAUUAGAAAAUCCGUUACCUCCGCCAUAUCCAACAACUCCAUCAUAUAAUACGUCGCAACCAAAUUAUAACACGCCUCCUGUGUCGCGAUUGUCAACAGCGCCAUCUACAGAAAAACAGCACAAUUUUAAUUGGAAUGCUCCAGAUAGUAAGCCAUCGAUAGAUAUGUUAGAUAAAAGCGCUGAUGAUAUAUUUGAGAGUUUAUUGUCUUCAUCAACAAAAAAAGAGAACAUGUCAAUGUCGGAUGCUAGUGAAUAUAUAUCGUUAGAUACUUUGGGGCCUCAACAUUCAUGUGAUGUGUGUAACACAAGGUUUACAGAUGUGUCCCUUCUAGAAGAUCAUAUUCGGCUAUCGGGUCAUUCUAAAGCUAUUGUGGCGCCCACGUCUUCACUCAUGCCUUACAAUCAUUCAUCGUCCAAUAUUCUUUCGAGUUUAUUACCAGUCAAACAAUUAGCAGAACAAGUUGGAAAAUUAUCGAAUAUCGGAAAUAGUGGUUCUGGGUUUACUCACCAACAAAAUGUGAUGAUUAAUAUCCAGGCCUAUCCUGGAGCGGGAGGUGUAAUGGUGCCACCGCAAUACAAUGCGUACAAUUCGGGCCAAGGCUCUCACGGAAGCUAUCCACAGACAUCGAACAACAUGUAUGGUCCGCCAGGGCAACAAAUGCCAAUGCCAAACCAAUAUCCUGGCCAAAAUUAUAUGAGCCCUGGGUAUGGACAAUAUCAGCCGCCACCGAUGUCGAAACCCAGUUAUCCAGGAAGUAUGCAGACGAAUGCGUAUUCUAUGGCAUCGUCGCCGUAUUCCACAGCCUCUCCACUGCAGAGUAUGCAACAGGCAGUCUAUGGACAAUCUGGCAUGAUGAAUCCACCUGGACCUAUGGGUCCCCCCGGAUCGUCGCCAAGUCAUUCAUACGCACCCGCCUCUAGCCCUGGAGGUAUAAAACAACCCCAAACGGGCAGUGGAAUUAAAAUUCAAAAUAUACAAACGUUCCCGCCUGGCCAAAUACCAGGGCCCAUUAUGCCAAGUCAGUCUGUGCCUGGCCAAUCAUCGUCCGGACCUGACGUAGGUCAAAUGGCACCACCAAGUCAGACGAUGACUGGACAAGUUGCCGGUGGAACACCCAUUAGAAUGGCAGCUGGUGCUCAUAUUUCAGGUGUUCGACCCAGAAUGCCUACAGUUAGAGGUCAACGACCGACAAUACGGCCUGGUAUCCAGGUCCACGGUCAAGUACGCGGAGGCAAAAUGGGACCGAGGAUGCCUUUAAAGAGACCAGGAGUACCUACUGGUGGCCCUGGUCAAAAGAGAAAACCAGACAUGCUGCUACCUGGUAAACAUGAUAAUGAGGACUGUCAAGUUAUGUCAUUACAGAAGCAACGCGAGGGACUACCUUUAAUUCAAAGUGUGCAAGGUGCUAAAGACAGACUAAAUUUUGGCAGCCAAAUUUCGGUGACGAAAAAGACAGUUAAUAAAGAAGCGAAUGCAAUGGCCAAUGUUCUUGCAUCGAGAGGAAUUUGUGUUACACAGAAACAGAAAAGUAGAUCUCCUACCCCAGAUCGUCCAUUACCGCAUAUACCUAACCUCGGGGCAGGUGUUAGUAUUAAACAUACAUCGAAGUCAAGUAAAUUUUCAAUACCUGAAGCCAAAGUUGGCGGUGGAAUGUACUCCUGUAAAAUAUGUAAGAAGAUGUUCAUGAAUCACAAUUCGUUACAAGUGCACAUGUCGAACGCCCAUCCUCAAAGUAAAAUACCCGUUUUCAAGUGCGACGAAUGUCCCGCGUCGUACCCCAAAUCCUUGCAACUCCAACACCACAAAAGGGUAUUCCACAACGUAACCGGACCUAAUAGGGAAUUAGGGUUGCCAGUUGUAGAUCUUUCACAAGAAGAUAAUUUAAAACGGUUAGGUAGUUUAGGGAUAUAUAGUUUUAUACCUUUAGCCAAUAGGGAGCAGGCGCAUGGUUGUUUCGGAAUACCGGUGAUAUCUGUGCACAAUAUGCAAAACGGUUUAACUUCGAGCCUGCAAGCAUUAGGUGCGGAUGGACUUUUGAGCCUUGGGCCUCUAAAACCUUUACCUAACGCU